AUGGACGAAAUUGAGAGCGAGAGGGACUCCGAGAUUGAGACUGACAGCGAGACCGAAAAUGAGAAUGUAAGCGAAAUGGAGACAGAUAUUGAUGGUGAGGCCGAAGCCGAGGAGGAGAAUUGCGUGUCAAGCGAGUACAUGCAAGCCCUUUACAAGGAGUACAGCAUCUUCAAAGGCGUCCGAUGCGCGCGCGACAUGUGGCUGAACGUUCUCCUGCGUCACUUUCGAAGUGAAGAAAACUGCGGCAUCAGUUUCCAGUGCGACUUCCAGAACUAUGUCACUGCUCCAGAGCGUCCUGUGUUUGUAGCACACGUUGUCAACAUGACCGAGCCUUCUAUUGAAGGCGCGACUCGAGUUGUGAUAGCCAUGUUGGAGGGGGGCUGUGAGUGUGUUGACGAGAACACGCGUCCACCCUUUCAGGAAUCUGACAUGGUGGUAUGGAAGAAAUUCACGGAUGAGGUUUCUGAGUACCUUUUGAAACUUCGUGGUCGUAUUGUGCGUCAGGACGGAGAGGAGGAGGUGGUGGUGGUAAGGGGGAAGACUUUGUAUGCUAUCACGAUAGCUGGCAUGUUGGCCAAGUUCUAUGCUCUGGAGCCUGAUAGUGAGUGCCUGAUGGAUUGUUCGGGGACGAAUGGCGAGUAUUUUGAUGUCUUUGAGGAUAUUUCUGCCAUUGAUAUGAUUGCGGAGGAGAUUGCUUUGGAGAGACAGCCGCCAAAGGCUUGA